AAAGGAGAAGACAAAUAAAUGAAUUGAGUAAACUCGCUCAUUCAAGAAGCUCAUCAAAUCUUUCAUAGAAAAAUUCAGAUUUUGGGUUUGUUCCUUUCCUCUAAUAUUGUUUACUUCAGUUUGGAUUUGGUCUUUUCGUAUAAUAAUUUUACUCCAGCUUACAAGAUGUUGCUGUUCUUUUGCUUCUAACAUGUGAUUAGAGAAAUUUUGAUUUUCAGUUCACUACGUGUACGUUAUAAAAUGGUCAAUGGGCAGCUUUUAGCAUUCUAUAUCACACUAUGUUGCAUCGCGUUUAUUAUAUCUAAGUUGAUCAUGGCGGUUCUUCUCUACCGAAGAUGGCAAAGGAAAGACAAUGUGUUCCAAGACAAUAUGUCAGGAGGGAAAAUGGUGAUGUUCAGGUCCCCAACGAUGCAAUAUUUCACUUCUGAUGUGUUCCUGAAAAAGACAAUGAGACUAACUAACAAAGAUAUUAUUGGAUCCGGUGGUUAUGGAACUGUGUACAGAUUAACGAUUGAUGAAUCCAUCUCUUUCGCUGUUAAAAGAUUAAACCGAGGAAGCGCAGAUAGAGAUCGGGGAUUUGAAAGAGAAUUGCAAGCAAUGGGAGAUAUCAAACACAGAAAUAUUGUGACACUCCAUGGAUAUUACACUGCUCCACAAUAUAAUCUUCUUAUUUAUGAUCUUAUGCCUAAUGGAAGUCUGGACACUGUGCUUCAUGGAAAAGCGAACGAUAAGAAGCUAUUAGAUUGGCCUUCAAGAUACAAGAUUGCAUUAGGUGCUGCACGGGGAAUAUCAUACCUACAUCAUGAUUGUAUUCCUCACAUAAUCCACAGAGAUAUAAAAUGUAGCAACAUACUACUUGAUCAAAAUAUGGAAGCGCGAGUUUCUGACUUUGGGUUGGCCACGCUAAUGGAACCUGAUAAGACUCAUGUUUCAACAUUUGUUGCCGGAACCUUUGGUUAUCUUGCUCCUGAAUACUUCGAUACAGGGCGGGCAACAGUAAAAGGGGAUGUUUACAGUUUCGGUGUUGUUUUACUGGAGCUAUUGACUGGAAAAAGACCAAUGGAUGAGGCAUUUAUUGAGGAAGGAACUAAGCUGGUUACCUGGGUGAAAGCAGUGGUGGACUUGGAGAAAGAAGAGCAUGCAAUUGACACUAGCUUAGGAUGUUGUCCUGCAGAUGAAAUUCGAAAUGUCUUUAGUGUAGCACUAAUGUGCCUGGAAUCAGAGCCUUCCAGAAGACCCACUAUGGUCGAGGUUCUAAAGAUGCUUGAGCAGAUUCAAUCAGAUUAGCUUAAAUACUAUUCUUGAUUCAUAAUAGUUAAUGAUUAUAA